UAUUUUAUUUUAGAUAAGAAUUAAAAUUAAUAGGAAGGGAUUUUGGGCUUUUUAUGGAAAAUUAAAAAAAAAAGAAAAGAAAUUGUCGGUGGAUUUAUAGAGAUUUUUGAGAGCCUGCCAAUAAGCUUCUAGCUAAGAGAGAAGGAAAAAGAGUUUGGGAGAGAGAUUGAGAUUGGGAUUGAGAAGGACUAGGCAAAAAUGAACGGUGGUGAUGCAUAUGUGGGAAUGGAGGUUCAGUACAUACGGAGGCAUCACAAGCACGAGACCAGAGACAAUCAGUGCACCUCGGCCAUGUUCAAGCACAUCAGAGCCCCUGUACAUCUCGUAUGGUCAUUGGUAAGGAGUUUUGAUCAACCCCAGAGGUACAAGCCCUUUGUUAGCCGGUGCACCAUGAGGGGGGACGACCUUGGUAUUGGAAGCGUUAGAGAAGUCAAUGUUAAAUCUGGGCUUCCUGCUACGACCAGCAUGGAGAGGCUGGAGCUUCUAGAUGAUGAUAAGCACAUUCUUGGCAUCAGGAUUGUUGAUGGGGAUCACAGGCUUAGGAACUAUUCUUCAAUUAUCACUGUCCAUCCCGAGGUUAUUGAUGGGAGACCUGGGACACUGGUAAUUGAGUCCUUUGUGGUGGAUGUGCCCGAUGGGAACACCGAGGAUGAGACAUGUUACUUUAUUGAGGCCCUGAUCCGGUGCAACCUCAAAGCCUUGGCUGAUGUCUCUGAGAGAAUGGCUGUGCAGGACCGGACUGAACCUAUCAACCGCUAGUGGAGAAUCGGGGAUGGCACUGGAGAACAAUGACUACAAUCAUAUUGCCCAUGGGUUUUUGAUCUCAAAUGCUGAGUAGAGAUAGGUAGGGAUGUCCUUCCACUUCUCAGAAGUUUUGGCUAUACUUGCUGGCUUUUGUAUUUCUGUCUUAUGGGAAUCAAUCUACACUGUUUUCAUUUAUUUUUCGUUCAUUUACUUUAGUGUGAAACUGGUGCUGGGGUUUCUUUGUCAUGCCGUAUCUGAAAGGAUGAGCUUUGUAGGUUUUUAUAUAGCUCUUCGGGGAAGUUCUUUUCAGUUGUGAUAUUCCUCUGGGAUUUGCGCAUGGUUGGUACCAACGUUGCUAUAACUAUAUUUGUACAUAGUUAUGUUGGAAAAUAUAUGGGGUGUCCAUGGAACUGGUGUUUGAUCUGGUAGGUAGUGGAAGGAUUGGGUGAAGAACCAGCGCUAGUUUUGUUUUGUUUGUUUUGUAUAUACCAUAUUUUCAAAUAAAGUAUUGUAAUCGCUUUAGUUUUGUUUUCA